AAAUAAACGCAUGCGUAUUGUCAUUAAGCAUGGGUGAGUCGUCAACAGCAUCAACAGCAGCCAUUUUCAUCAUCAACGAUAUAUAUAUACAAAUAUAUUAUACACACACACACACACAUAAAGAGCUAUAGCUGUAACUGGCUGACUGACUGACUUAUUACACAAAUAGUUGCCUGCAUGCAUAUACACACACACACACACACAAUACAGCAGCUACUAAAAAACUAACCAAGAAAGUGAACAAAAAAAAAAGAGAGAGAGAGAGAGAGAAAAACAAGAUUGAUAGAUAUAACAAAACAAGGCCCAAAUGUAAUACAUACACAUACACAUAUACACACACACAUAUACAACAUACAAACACACAAUACACCGAAGGCAAAUAAUGAAAAAAAAAAUAAAAAUAAAAAUAAAACCCACAAAGACAAGCAAGAGUUAGGUUAGCCUUAUUUUUUUUUUGUUUUCCGUUCCUGGUUCUUGGUCCUGGUUGUCUUUUUCUUUAUUCAAUCAAUUUUUAUUAUUUGAACAAAAGCCACCCACCCACACAAACCAUACAUCACAGACAAACAACACACAAACACACACACACACACAAACACACAUUUCGCAUACCCGACUACAAUUGAAACGUAAAAUCUAUCCGACCUGAGAAAAAAUCAAUCAAGUUUAAUCAGAUUUUUUUUUUUUUUGUUUUUUUUUUGCCAUCAUCAAAAUAUCAUCAACGAAAACUGUGUUUUUGUGUUUCUGGUGCUAAAAAGAUUGUCGCCAACUUGGCCAAUUUUUUCCAAUUCAAGUGUCUAUGAUCGUUGUCGAUUUUUGGCGUUUUGCUGUGUAGUUUUUUUUUAAUACCUGUGAAAACUUAUUAAAAAUGAGAAUGUGAAAAUCAUUGAUUGUAAUUCCGAUUGUGAAUCGGUAAAUUUUCAUAAAUGGUUCAGUGUAUUGGUAACAAAAUUGGAUUCAAAUUAUUAUAAAUGUGACCUGUAUAUUGUUCACUUGUUACCAAUUUUCUUCUAUUACCAUAUAUCCUCACGUUUUUGUCGUCACUUGAGAUUUAUUUACAUCAAUCAAAAGAAAGAAAAAAAAAUCAUUUGCAUUUUCACAAUCAUUCCAAUUUGCAUCACAUUCACAUUUUUUUUUUUAAAUUUGGUUUCAAAUUUCCUUCUUUUUUUGGUAGUGACCAAUAAAAAAAACAAUUCAAUUUUCAUUUUUGAAUGUUUUUAUUCACCACCAAAUCCAAAUCGCAUAGUCGAUAUAUUUCGAUUUUGAAUCUCAAUUAAUAACGAAAAAAAAAUCGCAAAUCACAAAUGGAUUUUGCCAUCUACGAUAAUCAUUAUAUACGACGUUUUGAGCAAAUCAUUUCAAAUCAAAAUGACAAUAGUAACAGUAGUAAUAAUAGUUCAAAAAGUAAUUUAACUAAAAAAUUGCGUUCACCAUUAACACAUGAACAGCGUGAAAUGAUUAAUGCAAAACGACGUAUAUCGGCAUUGACGGCUGAACAACGUGAACGACGUAAUGAAAAACGUCGUGUCACAUCAUUGUCAGCGGAACAACGUGAAAGAAUCAAUGCUAAACGUAGGGUAGCUGCAUUAACGCCCGAACAACGUGAAAAACGUAAUCAAAAACGACGUGUAUCAUCAUUGACACAGGAACAACGUGAACGUCGUAAUCAAAAAAGGCGUAUAUCAUCAAUGACAGCUGAACAAAGAUCAAUGGUAAAUUCAAAAAGACGCCGCAGUACCUCUUCAACAUCGAAUCAUCAUCAUCAUCAUCAUCAUCAUUCACAUUCAUCAACAACGGUCAAUCAGCAUGGCCAACACCAACAACAUAAUCAUCAUCAACAACAACCACAACAAACAUCAGCUCAAAUUCUAUUGAAUCAUGCAACAACACAUGGAAUAAAAGUGGCAAAUCUUACUACCACACAACAACAACAACAACAACAGCAGCAACAACAACAACAACAACAACAAACACAGAUAAUGCCAUCAACACAAGAAUUUCUUGUACAAAUAUCCGAUACAAUGGAUCCAAAUAAAGCGACAAUGGUUACGAUAGCAACAGGACCAGCUAUACCGGGUGCACAUCAUAAUAAUCAUAAUUCAAAUAAUAAUAAUAAUAAUAAUAAUAAUCAAACCAAUCAGAUAACAUCAUAUGAGAAUCUAUUUCGACAUAAAUUUUCACAGUAUUCACCACAGGAAAUGGAAUUAUUGCAAACAAUUCGUAAUACAACCAUAAUGAAUCGUCGUUGCUAGCUAGCUAUAAAUAAUAUACAAACACAUAUACGAAAAAAAAAAACAAGAAUAACAAAACUAUUUUUAUUAUUUAUAAAUUAAAUUUUGAAAACAAAAAAAAAAUAUUGGUAGUCAUAAACGAUCAUCAUCAAACAUUUUAUUCAUUUUUUUUGCCGCCUUUUCUAAAUUCAUCUACUCACACAUACACACAUUCACAUUCUGACCUUAUAUCAAUUACCCUAUAUAUCAAUCAUUUUGAAACAUACAAGUACUAUACUAUGAUGAUAUAAAUAUAACAUAAAUUCAUUCAUU